AUGUUGGCUUGCCCGGCUCCUAUCUCUCAGCGCCCUGAUCGACGUCCUGUCGAGCAGCGGCGCUCGGAUCCCAAGCCGGGGAGCAGUCAGGGUGCUCCGAGGUCGCCCCCGGCCCCGCCGAGCCCAGCAAGGCUCAGUCUCCCUGGUCCCUCAGAAGUCGAUUCCCGAUCGGAGAGGAGGCCGUACCUCCCUUUGUGGGAUGUUUUUGAGGGUGACUCGGCCCUCGAGAAUCCUGCUGUAGCACGGCAGCAUCUUCAUGAGGUCGAGACCCUGAUGCACAUAGCGUCUGACUAUCGGGAGCGGGCCCGAAGGUGUCAGAGGGGACAAGAAGAGGCCGAGAGGUCGGAGGUGCGCGCUGCCAAGGCGCGUCUAGCCGAGGACCAUUCGGCGCUCGCUGUCCGCGAGCAGGAGGUGAAGGGCGCCCAACUCAAGGUCAAGGAGCUCGAGACCCGCGAGGAGAGGGCCCAGGAGGAGGCUCAGCACGCAGUGAGACUCUUCAGGAAAUCGGAAGAGUUUCGCAACCUGUUGGAGGAAGAGGCCGUGGAUGGACUCAUCCGCCGCUUUGAGGACUUCCGCAACCAACUGAGGAGGCUCUGCCCCGAGUUCGACCUCAAUCUGCUCCAACCCGGAGCAGGGGUCGAGGAGGGGGAUGGGUCUGAAGACCCGGCUGGGGCCGAAGUUCAGGCGACCGAGGAGGCUGAGGUUCCCAUUGAGGGGGACCCCGAGGGAGCUUCUGAUGCUGCCCUCCAGGCUGCUGGUGAGACCCAGGCCGAGACCUACGUCGCGGAUGGACCUGAGAGAGAGCUCCGAUAG